CGCGGCGGCGGAGCGGAGCGGUGAGCGGCGGCAGCAUGCGGCCGCGGGAUGUCUGAGGCGGGCGGUGCGCUGCCCCGGCGCCGCGCCGGAGGCAUGCGGGCGGCCUGGGGCUCCGUCUGGUGCCUGUGCCUGGCGGCGGCCGUCGCAGGGAUGCCGGCGGGGAGGCGGGCCGGCGGAGCGGUGGCGGAGAGGAGCGGCGGGCAGCCGGCAGAAUACUUGAGGAGCGAGACCGCCUUUCUAGAAGAGCUGGUGUUUGGAAGUGGAGAUACCAUUGAACUUUCCUGUAACACCCAAGGCUCUUCCGUGUCUGUUUUCUGGUUUAAAGAUGGUAUCGGGAUUGCACCUACCAACAGAACUCAUAUUGGACAAAAACUGUUGAAGAUAAUCAAUGUGUCAUAUGAUGACUCGGGGCUGUACAGUUGCAAGCCAAGGCAUUCCAACGAGGUCCUGGGAAACUUUACAGUCAGGGUUACAGAUUCCCCUUCAUCGGGUGAUGAUGAAGAUGAUGAUGACGAGUCAGAAGAUACAGGUGUCCCCUUCUGGACCCGGCCAGAUAAGAUGGAGAAGAAGCUGCUGGCAGUUCCCGCCGCCAACACCGUUCGCUUCCGAUGUCCGGCGGGUGGAAACCCAACCCCUUCCAUCUACUGGCUGAAAAAUGGCAAGGAGUUCAAAGGAGAGCAUAGGAUUGGGGGCAUCAAGUUGCGACACCAGCAGUGGAGCUUGGUGAUGGAGAGUGUUGUGCCAUCAGAUCGAGGAAAUUACACCUGUGUUGUGGAGAACAAAUAUGGCAACAUUAGGCACACGUACCAGCUCGAUGUAUUAGAGAGGUCGCCCCACCGACCAAUCCUGCAAGCAGGGCUCCCUGCCAACCAGACCGUGGUGGUAGGGAGCAAUGUGGAGUUUCACUGCAAGGUUUACAGCGAUGCCCAGCCUCACAUCCAAUGGCUGAAGCAUGUGGAAGUCAAUGGCAGCAAAUACGGCCCUGAUGGGACGCCCUAUGUCACAGUGCUGAAGUCUUGGAUCAGUAAAAACGCUGAAGCCGAUGCUAACCUAAAUCUGUUCAAUGUGACAGAACAAGAUGAAGGAGAAUAUCUGUGUAGAGCCAACAAUUUCGUAGGCAUAGCCGAAAAACCAUUUUGGCUCCACAUUCGCAAACCAAAACCAGCGGAGGAGCUCAUGGAAAUGGAUGAUUCGGGCUCAGUGUAUGCUGGCAUUUUCAGUUACGGCAUUGGCUUUAUUCUCUUCGUCCUGGUGGUGGCCGCUGUGGUUGUCUGCAGGAUGAAAAUGCCAAACAAAAAAGCCAUGAACACCCCCACUGUACAGAAAGUCUCCAAAUUCCCACUAAAGAGACAGGUAACAGUGUCGUUGGAGUCCAACUCUUCCAUGAAUUCCAACACGCCCCUGGUCCGGAUCACACGUCUCUCCUCCAGCGAUGGGCCGAUGCUGGCCAAUGUCUCCGAGCUGGAACUGCCUCCAGAUCCCAAGUGGGAAUUGGCGCGCUCUCGCCUGACCUUGGGGAAGCCGCUAGGUGAAGGGUGUUUUGGCCAAGUAGUGAUGGCGGAAGCGAUUGGGAUCGAUAAGGACAAGCCAAACAAGGCCAUCACGGUUGCUGUCAAGAUGUUAAAAGACGAUGCCACAGACAAGGACCUUUCUGACCUGGUCUCUGAGAUGGAAAUGAUGAAAAUGAUUGGGAAGCAUAAAAACAUCAUUAACCUCCUUGGUGCCUGCACACAGGACGGACCGCUCUAUGUGUUGGUGGAAUACGCGUCAAAGGGGAACUUGCGGGAAUACCUCAGGGCACGUCGCCCACCUGGCAUGGACUAUUCCUUCGACACCUGCAAGCUGCCCGAGGAGCAGUUGACAUUUAAAGACCUGGUUUCCUGCGCCUACCAGGUGGCCCGGGGCAUGGAGUACUUGGCAUCUCAGAAAUGCAUUCAUCGCGACUUGGCAGCCAGGAACGUGUUAGUCACUGAAGACAAUGUGAUGAAAAUAGCUGAUUUUGGCCUCGCUAGAGACGUCCACAACAUCGACUAUUACAAGAAAACUACCAAUGGUCGGCUGCCUGUGAAAUGGAUGGCUCCAGAAGCUUUGUUUGACCGGGUCUAUACUCACCAGAGCGAUGUCUGGUCUUUUGGAGUGCUACUAUGGGAGAUCUUCACUUUGGGAGGGUCUCCAUACCCGGGAAUUCCUGUUGAAGAACUCUUCAAACUCUUGAAGGAAGGCCAUCGGAUGGAUAAACCUGCAAACUGCACCCAUGACUUGUAUAUGAUCAUGCGGGAAUGCUGGCACGCUGUCCCCUCGCAGCGGCCAACCUUCAAGCAGUUGGUGGAAGACCUGGACAGGGUCCUCACCGUGACAUCCACCGAUGAGUACCUGGACCUCUCGGUGCCCUUCGAGCAGUACUCACCAGCUGGCCAGGACACCCACAGCACGUGCUCCUCGGGGGAUGACUCAGUCUUUGCACAUGACCUGCUGCCCGAUGAGCCCUGCCUGCCCAAGCACCCCCCUUGCAACGGUGUCAUCCGGACGUGAGGAAGCCAUCCUGGGCAGAAAGAUGGAUGGACGGACGGGCAGGCAGCGUGCCCAUGGAGACAGGAAUGUGGGGUGCCAAGGAUGAAGGAUCUUCCAGUGGAACUGCAUGGUGGUGCCCAGAGAUGUGUGUUGUUGUCAAGCUGUUCAGGGUAGAAAAAGAAAUAUAAUUAACUUUUUUUUGGUUCUUUUGGUUUUUUUUCCCUUUUGCUGUAUAAAGAGUCAAGAAGCACUGUUUGGCCUGAAGGAACUAAUCUCUUGCCAAGAUGAUUUAUCAUAUCUGAGAUUUUUUUGGGGGGGGGUUCAUUUUUGGGUUGUUUGGUUGGUUUUUUUUUUGUACUAAGGAGAAUGUUGAAGCUGGGGGGCCACUGACCUCCCAGCCUCCGCGCUUGCGUUUCCAGUGCCAGAGUAGCCGUACUGUGCCUGCAAUACGAAGAAGAGGAAAGAAAAUCUUCCUUUUUUUUUUUUUAAUAAGAAAGAAAAAACACAAAUGAAAAAAAGAAGUGUAAAGAAUGUAGAAAUUCUUCGCUUAUGCAAUCUGUACAUGAACCUUUUUGGUGGAGCUGAAAAGCCACGUUGCCUGCAGGGAUUCAUAUAUUUAUAAAAAUAUCUAUAUUUUUGUUGUCGUCGUUUUUAUAGCUUCAUGAUCGUUCUGCCCAGCUACAUAGAAAAAAAUCCUUUUUGGAAGAAGAAGAGGAAAAAAUGAUAAUUAAGUAAAAUGCAAAUCAUCAUGGAGAAAGGAAAAAAAAGAACAUAAAAGGAGACAGACAAGUCAUCUGAAUGGCAGUGCUUUGGCCAUGCCACUGGCCCUUGCACUGGGCUGGGAGCAAUGGGGCCAUGCUGAGGUUGGAGCAGACCCCAGGGAUGGGCGUCUCAAGCCACAUCUUGACCUUUGAGAACAACCACUUUGGGGAGAAAAAUCUUGCUUUUGGGGUUUGUGCAUCUUUGCUUGCCAAGGGUGAGUGGGCACUUCUCCAUCCACCCCUCGACACCAGCGGUUUGGCUCCAUCUACGUGCAGUGACUCGGAGAAAGAAGUUACGGGUACCUGUAGGCAAGAGCCUUUAACUUAUAUCAAAAAGGUUUAUUCCAGAGAAUCUGUGUAUAUAUCUAUAAAUAUAUCCUGUAUAUAUAUAAAUAAAUAUAUUAAAAAAAGAAUGUAUAAUACUAAUGCAACAUAAAGCAGUAAUGAGAGAGAGAGUCUCAAAAUAGGAGCAUUGCAAUCUAGGAUAUACUGAUCUGGGCGAAAAGAAAAGAUUUUUGUGUUUGUUUGUUUUAUAUCUUCACAGUUUUGUUUUAAAAAUUGUACCUUAACAUGUAUAUUUGUAAAGAAGUUAUUUAUAGACAUUAACAUUAUCUGUUCAUGGGUUUAAAUAGCGUAGCGUUACUGUAAACUUUAAAGUUCACCGAGCUUAAGGGUUGGGUUUUCUUUAACUUAUUAAAAAAUGGAGAAAAAAUAUAUUAAUCAAGUUUUUCUUUUUUGUGUUUAUGGGAAAUAUUGAAAGAGUGUAUAGGUGUACAGUCCUUUAACAAAGUACAUUUAAUGUUAUAAAUAUAUAUAUAUAUAUUCAUUAAAAAGCAAAAUAUUAGUUUAUCCUGGAUUGCAGUGAGCAAAGGUAAGUUUAUUUUUCAAUACAUCACCAGUGGUUAAAACCAAACAAAUAGCAGCAGAGAGAUGAUUCUUUACAUAUUUCAGAAAAACAGGGCCAAGAAUUCUUCCAUCAGUUUAACCACUGUGCAUUAAGGGGGCGGGGGGUGUUUAUUUUUCUAUUUUCAAAUGAAGGUAUUCUUUGUGGUCGAUUUAAUAACCGGUGUGCAGCAAAACACACUGUUGAUUUUGGAUGAUGCGGGGUAACUUUUUUCGCCCCUUUUGCCAGUACCAUUGUAUUUUGGGCUUCAGAAAUGCCAUGCGAGCAAAAUAGCAAGAAGAGCGACAGUGUUUGCAGGAGAGGUGCAGCGACUGCGUGUUUCUGUUGUAUCUAACACACUGGAAAGUGCCAGUGGUGCCCCAUUUUCUGUGUUUAAAAUGCUGCGCUGGGUUUGUUCCUUGAUGUCAGAUAGCUGUUUAAAAGCACAGAUGUGAACUAGGGAAUAUUAGCAUGGAUCAAGCUGACAAGGGGGAAGAUUUGGGCUGGGGUUAUUUUUAUGAGUGGGCUUUUUUUGUCCAGAAGACUUCACUACCACAACGAGGCAAGGAAAAUUGCAUCCUGAAUUCAUCCUUUCAGUUCUCCUCUGGUGCAUAUUACAUAUCAAUGUUUCAGAAUAACAGGAUGAGAGCAUCUCAUUUUAAGAUUAUUUUGUUUUCUUAGAGCCACAAAAUCCUUAUCCUAAAAGAAAUAAUUUAUAGUUUUGAGGUUACUUCAAUGGAAGGUUGAGAAGGUAGAUUUUUAUAGAGUUUUGUUUUGUUCUGUUGGAAUAAAAGAAUUUUUUGGUAUUUUCUUACAAAUGUCUGCUAAUUGUGUACAUUCCAAGUACUGGAAGCGUUGAGUUUUCCUGUACUGAGAAAAGAAAAUGUACAAAACUGUGCAUGAUUUCAAAUGUUACUAGAUAUUAUAAAUAUAUAUAUAAUUUAUUGAGUUUUUACAAGAUGUAUCUGUUGUAGACUUGUUGACUUUAACAUUUCUUAUUCAAUGCUUAUAUAGUUUUAUAGCCUGGACUAUUAUCUUUAAAAGCUUAAAAAUUAAAAUUUCCAAUUUUGUUACAUUUUAUACUGUCGAUGUUCCAAUCCACAGGUUUGCAUUAGUGUGAUCUUUUUGAUGAGCAAUUCUUAUUCGGUUUAUUUUAAUACUGUAUUCCUGUGCCUGACAGCUGCAGCUGUCCAAGGUGUGAGAUGAACACUAAAUAAAACUAUUCUGCUUUUGUUAACAUGGCAAACUUACUUUUACAAGGAAACAAAACGAAAUAAACAAGUUGUUAAAUGUGGGGCUUUAUUCCCUGUUGUGGGGGGUCUUUUACAAAGUCGAAUCUCCUCGGCUCUGGGAUUUGUAGUGCCAGGAGGGUUUAUUUUUGACACUGCUGCUUUGUGAGUCCUGGCCAGCACAGGUUUUAUAUUCAUAAUAAAUUUAUAACAAUUUUGGUUUAA